AUGGCGGCCGGCGUGGCGACGUGGCUGCCGUUCGCCCGCGCGGCGGCGGUGGGCUGGCUGCCGCUCGCCAAGAAGACGAUGCCCAAACCGCCCGUGGACAAAUCCUCCAGAUCAGACGAGAUCCUGUUCGUCAACGUGAGCGGGCUCCGCUUCCAGACAUGGAAGAACACGCUGGAUCGGUACCCGGACACCCUGCUGGGCUCCUCGGAGAAGGAGUUUUUCUACAACGAGGACACGCAGGAGUACUUCUUCGACCGGGACCCCGAGAUGUUCCGGCACAUUCUGAACUUCUACCGCACCGGGAAGCUGCACUACCCGCGGCACGAGUGCAUCCAGGCCUUCGACGAGGAGCUGGCCUUCUACGGCAUCGUGCCAGAGAUCAUCGGAGACUGCUGCAUGGAGGAAUACCGGGACAGGAAAAAGGAGAACCAGGAGCGCCUGGCGGAGGACACGGAGGCCAGUGAGGCGACGGACGCCCCGCUGCCCCCGGACAGCACGUCACGGGAGCGUCUGUGGCGAGCUUUCGAGAACCCGCACACCUCCACCAUGGCGCUGGUCUUCUACUACGUCACAGGCUUCUUCAUCGCCGUUUCUGUCAUCGCCAACGUGGUGGAAACCGUCCCCUGCCGGGCCCCCAAGGGCAGCGUCAAAGACCUUCCCUGCGGCGAGAAAUACGCGCUGGCCUUCUUCUGCAUGGACACGGCCUGCGUGCUCAUCUUCACCUUCGAGUACCUGAUGCGCCUGUUUGCCGCGCCGAGCCGCUGCAAGUUCAUGCGCUCGGUGAUGUCGGUGAUCGACGUGGUGGCCAUCAUGCCCUACUACAUCGGCCUGGUGAUGCCCGAGAACGAGGACGUGAGCGGCGCCUUCGUCACCCUCCGGGUUUUCCGGGUCUUCAGGAUCUUCAAGUUCUCGCGUCACUCGCAGGGUUUGAGGAUUUUGGGCUACACGCUGAAGAGCUGCGCCUCCGAGCUCGGCUUCCUGCUCUUCUCCCUCACCAUGGCCAUCAUCAUCUUCGCCACUGUCAUGUUCUACGCCGAGAAGGGCACCAAGGGCUCCAGCUUCACCUCCAUCCCCGCCUCCUUCUGGUACACCAUCGUCACCAUGACAACACUAGGGUAUGGCGACAUGGUUCCCAACACCAUCGCGGGGAAGAUCUUCGGCUCGAUCUGCUCGCUCAGCGGCGUCCUGGUCAUCGCCCUGCCCGUCCCCGUCAUCGUGUCCAACUUCAGCCGCAUCUACCACCAGAACCAGAGAGCGGACAAGAUGAGAGCCCAGCAGAAAGUGCGCUUGGCUCGGAUCCGCAUGGCAAAGAAAGGCACAGCCAACGCUUUCCUCCAGUACAAAGAAGACGGAGGACUCGGGGACCGGGACAGUGACAGCACGGCUCUGUGUCUGAAGAACAGAUCAGCGUUUGAGCACCAACACCACCACCUGCUGCACUGCCUGGAGAAGACCACUAAUCACGAGUUCACCGACGAGCUGACCUACAGCGAGGUGUGCAUGACCGAGUCGGUGGGCUUCAGGACGAGCCGCAGCACCUCCCUGUCCAGCCAGCAGGGGGCGCAGAACAACUCCACCGGCUGCUGCCCCCGCCGCGCCAAGAGGAGAGCCGCCAUGCGCCUCGCCAACUCCACCGUGUCGGUCAGCCGGGGCAGCGUGCAGGAGCUGGACACCCUGCACGUCAAGACCACCACCGUCCCGCCGCAGACUCGUUCCAGUCUGAAUGCCCGGGCGGACGACCUGAAGCUGAACUGUGGAGAGCGAGAUUUCACCGCCGCCAUCAUCAGCAUCCCCACGCCGCCCGCCAACACGCCCGACGAGAGCCUCCCCCCGUCGCCCGCCAUCCCCGGCAUCCUGCGAAACACCCGGGCCACCGCCUACACCCACGACACCGUCAAAAUCUCCUCCUUAUAA